GGCGCCCCUCCUCCGUCUGACUCCGCACGCAUCUGAUCAUCUCCGCUGCUGCCUGCAAUCUCCUCUCCUCGCACAGCAAGAGCUUGCAGCAGGAUGCUCAUGACCGCCAUGCACAUGGACUCCACCCACGGCCACGCACCCUCCUCCUCCUCCGCCACCACCACGCCGCCGCCCUGGCUCCCAGCCGACCACCACGGCCUCCUCUACGAUUUCGCGGCCUCGGCUCCCUCUCCCUCCCCGCCGCCCGCGACCGUGCCGCUGCACCGUCACCUCCGUUCCGUCGCGCCCUCCGCCCGCCGCGUCGCCAAGCGCCGCGCGCGCCCGUCGCGGAGGCUGCCCACCACCUACAUCAGCACCGACCCCGCCAGCUUCCGCCGCGUGGUCCACCAGGUCACCGGCGCCGACGACCUGCCGCUCCCUCCGCCCGAUCUCCUCUGCCGCCCGGUCCCCGCUCGCGCUGAUUCCGCCGCCCCCGGCGCGCUGACGCUCCCGACGCUGGACACGUCGGCGUUCCUGCUCGGCGGACCCGCCCGGGCAGACGCGCCGUGCGACGGCUCGGCUGCGUUGGCGCCGGCGGAUGGUUUAGGAGGAGGGCCUUACCAAAGUGCUACCAACUGUGGCUUCCCGACCUUGGAGUCUUGGGAUACUCUCUUCUAAUUACCAUCUUUCUCUGCCUGUAAGCUAGCAUAAUUAAGAUAAGAUGGCCAGAUUAUCCACGAGCAUCUUUUUUCAUCAGUCUCU